UGAUGAUUCACUCUAAUUCAAACCCACCUCUCCUCAACCAUCUUGGACAACUUCUGAGCCUAAGCCACCACCCACUUGAAACAACAAUAUGUAAUGGUGAUGGAGGAGUAGUCAUCAAUCAAGAAUGCCAACUUCCAUUGAUAGACCUCAGUGGCCUAAACAGCCCAGAUGAAAAGGACAAGCUAGCUUGCACUGCAGCCAUUUCUCGAGCGUCGUCCCAAUGGGGAUUCUUUCAAGUCAUAAACCAUGGCAUAAGCCCUGAAUUGCUUAAGAAGAUGAGGAAAGAACAGAAGUUGUUGUUUGAAACAUCUUUUGAAAACAAAGCAACUUGUGGUCUUCUCAAUAAUUCUUACAGGUGGGGGAAUCCAACAGCUACUACUCCAAAACAAUUCUCAUGGUCUGAAGCUUUUCACAUUCCUCUCACUAGAAUUUCUGAUGAAUCAUGCUAUGGAGACUUCACAUCUCUAAGGAUAGUGAUGACAGAAUUUGCAGCGGCAAUGUCAAAGUUGGCGAGGUUACUUGCAAGAAUUCUAGCAGAAAAUUUAAGCCAGAAAAGGGGAGAAAUAGAUGAGAUUUGUGAUGAAAGGAGUUGCUUUCUAAGGUUGAAUCAUUACCCAGCUUGUCCAGUAUCUCCAGAGAUAUUUGGAUUAGUGCCUCAUACAGACAGUGAUUUUCUUACAAUUCUUUACCAAGAUGAAGUUGGUGGACUUCAACUCAUGAAGGAUUCCAAAUGGGUGGCUGUAAAUCCUAUUCAAGAUGCUCUUAUUGUCAACAUUGGUGAUCUUUUCCAGGCAUGGAGCAAUGAUGUCUAUAAGAGCGUGGAGCACAAGGUGAUGGCAAAUGGGAAGAUGGAGAGAUACUCAAUUGCUUACUUCUUAUGCCCUUCUUAUGAGACUUUAAUUGGAAGUUGCAGACAGCCUUCUGUGUAUAGAAAUUUUACUUUUGGAGAAUUCAGGAAACAAGUUCAAGAAGACGUUAAGAAAAUUGGGCACAAAGUAGGCCUUCCAAGAUUUUUGCAAACAGAAUGAAGAAGAACAAUACAUGUUUUGAACAAAAUCCAAGAUCAAGACUAUGCCGAUUGGCAUCAUCCAUCAAACUGUAAACACCAUUUGUAAUUUACACACCUAAACAGCUCAGAAAAUACUAUUAUUAUUUUUGUAUUUAUGCCAUUUGUUUUUUUGUUGAG